UCAUUCGCCGUGUAAGAAAAAUCGGCUGACAUUUCCUGGACAGGGGUUAAAAAGAGAGGUUCAUAAAAAUGACUUUGUAAUGGGGAGCUUUUAAUAUUUACAUGACUUGUAUCUUGUAUGUGUUUGCUACCAAAUAAUCAGCUUUGGGGAAAUGUCGGAAGACCAGGAAGCGCAGGAGGACGAACUCCUGGCACUCGCAAGCAUUUACGACCAGGAAGAGUUCCAAAGGGAGGAUGGAAGUGUGAGAGGAGGCGAGGUCCGCAUAUGUCCGGACAUGCCCCGCGAUUUUAAAGUCAUUGUAAAAGCGGGGGGCAAGUGUACAGAAUAUGGGGUGUCAUUCCUACCUCCGCUGGUGCUGAACUUUGAACUCCCUGUGGACUACCCUUCCAAAUCUUCACCCCUGUUUACACUAAACUGCAAAUGGCUCUCAGAAAUCCAGCUGGCAGCUGUGUGCAGGCACCUGGAUGAACUGUGGCAGGAGAGUCUUGGAAGCGUGGUGCUCUUCUCGUGGAUCCAGUUCCUCAGGGAAGACCUCCUCAGCUUCCUCCACAUUUCCUCAUCCCUGGAGCUCCCCUCGCUCUGGGACAGCAGCAGCACAGGAGCCAGUGAGGGAGGGGCAUGUGGCCGCGGGGCCGCGGGGCCAGAGGCCCCAGAGCAGCCGGGCCCCGGGGCCCCGCCACGGCUCGACCCCGGUGCCGAACAGCUGCUCCACGUCCUCGACUUCGACAGGGCCCAGCGGCGGAAGGCGUUCGACAGCCGGGCGUUCGACUGCGGGAUCUGCUUCUCCACGAAGCUGGGCUCGGACUGCUUCAGCUUCAGGGAGUGCGAGCACGUGUACUGCGCCAGCUGCAUGUGCGAGUACUUCCGGGUCCUGAUCACGGAGGGCGCGGUCAACGGCCUCAAGUGUCCGCAGUCUGAGUGCAGCUCCGAAGCCACGCCCCCGCAGGUGAAGCAGCUGGUCGGGGAGGAGCUCUUCGGUCGCUACGACCGUCUCCUGCUGCAGUCCAGCCUGGACAGCAUGGCCGACGUGACGUACUGCCCACGGCACGCCUGUGCCACGGCCGUCCUGGUGGAGCCAGACAACUCCAGCGCCAUCUGCUCGUCCUGCCGCUACGCCUUCUGCACCCUGUGCCGACAGGGCUACCACGGGCUCUCCUCCUGCGCUGAGAGAGGGCAGAGAGGGGACAGGGCGCCCGGCGAUGACCAGCCCUACGCUCAGGUUCCGGGAAACGAAGAUGGACUUCGAGGACUUUGGGAUGACUACGAGACGGGAAGUAAGACGCGGAAGAAGUUCCUGGAGCAGCGCUAUGGGAGACACGUUCUCCAGGACAGCGUAGGGAAUGUCCUCAGCCGGAGCUGGCUGGACGGCAACACCAAAAAAUGCCCACAUUGCAACGCCACCAUACAGAAGGACGGAGGCUGUAAUAGAGUGCAGUGCUCCAAGUGUCACUACGCCUUCUGCUGGGUCUGUCUGUGUGUCAUAAAUCGGAGUUACGGACACUUUGCCGACCCUGCUUCACCCUGCUCUCAGGUCCACUAUAGCUAGUGAGCCCCAUCCAGCCUUGCUGCAAUCAACAGCUUCACUGUGCUCUGAUCACUGUACCCAGUUCUGUGUCUGUCGACGGGCAUCCCCUGAAGGUGUAUUCCUGCAGUUUGGAUGGUCAAUAAUGGUCCUCAGAGGUGAGGUUCAUAAGCCCUGGUUGUCUUUAGGUACCACUACUCCCAGUAACGGCAGAGUUUCACACGUCUAUCUUUCCUGACUGCAUUUCAGCAAAUCCACCCAGGGCAGCAACUAAUCCUCUACUCCUGUUGUGGGAAAACAGUCACUGUUUUACCGAAAUAUUCUGAUCUUACUCCAGCAAGUUCAUACCGGAGACCUUAAAUACCAGUGUUCUGGCUAGCCCCAAUGUUCUCUGAUAGCAGGUGUCACAUUUUCUUGAUGAAAUUACGCAUUAAAAGCAUGUUUUCUCAGUAAGGAACUGGAGCUCAAAUAUAUUGUUAAUGUGUACCCUGCAGACCGAAACGAAGCUGCUUCUCUUCAUUAAUCAGCAUUAAGAUGGAUUAUUCUACCAAGUACCAGAGGUUAAUUGUAAACCAGACACAAGCAGGAAAAGGAAGCUCUGUUCUGGAAAAUGUCCUGGGUGGAGCAGACUGCUCUCGGUGCGGUACCUGCGGUAUGUCCUGCAGUUAAGAGUGGAAUCCCGGUGGUGACGGCUCCGAUGGGGCGUGGAAACCCUUCAGGUUUGAGGCCAGCAUGAGAACUGAAGCGGUCCUCCGUUCAGCCGUGCGCCUGCCCUCAGUUCGGUUCUGACCCAGCCCUCAGCUCGGUUCUGACCCAGCCCUCAGCUCGGUUCUGACCCAGCCCUCAGCUCGGUUCUGACCCAGCCCUCAGCUCGGUUCUGACCCUGCCCUCAGCUCGGUUCUGACCCCAGGAGCCCAUGGCUCCGCUGAUGCACUGUGGAGUGGGAAGCAGCUUCUGGAAGCAGGCACUGCAGAGGACUCAUGUUUUAUCUGCUUUCUCUGGACAGUCUCUGGAUGUUUCUUCCAUAGGAAGGGAUGUGCAAAUAUGACUUCAGAGAAAAUAUGAAACGUACCGAGUGGGCAUGCGUUAAAGGGCAGGUAGGCCAUACAGUAUGUGCAUGAGUGUGAGUGUUUAGGAAUCCACCCACUGUAAAGCAGUCCUCUUAAGAUAUAGAUCACAGCUUCAUGGUCUUUAAAAUACUACAGCAGUGAAUAUGUGUUCCUGCAGCUAUUUAGACUUAUUAGAAACUCAGUUUUGGAUAUGAGCAAUUGUUAAUUUGCACAAAUCAACCUCCAAGUCAAAGAAAAUAUAAGUAAUUAUUGCCUGGGCUGAUGCCUCUUAAAGUUUGAGACCCAUGCUGUAGGCAACAAUAAUCGUUGAAUUGGGAAUAAUGUUACUGGCUCAAACCGUGUUAUUCUAUCCUGUAUCAUGUGUAAUUUUACAGGCAAAUAGAACAGCAAUGCAAAUGCGAAAGUGUUGAUUUUACUUAGAUUAUAUUUUCGCAAAUAUGAAGUAAAAAUGCUGUGUGAAUGGAAACAAUGGAAGGUGAGCUGAAACAAUGAUCAAUAAAGAAAUGGCAUCAAUCCUGAGAA